AGCACGGAAUCAAAUCCCUUCAUUAUCUGGAUGGAUGGAUGGAUGGAUCAGUGAAAUUGAAUCAAAUCUAAUUAAUCAGGAGGAAAAUUAAAACACCUUUUUCAAUUAGCUUGUAAUUGGUCUUCUUCUCCCAGUCUCCACCUCCCUUUUUAUUGCCGGGUCCAUUGCCGUUUCAGACCCAUCUCUCUCUCUCUCCUCUCUCCUCUCUCUCUAAAUCCCUUUCUCUCUUGAUUUAUGGCCAAAGGCAGUGGACUCUCCAUUGAUUUAGAUCGGAUCGGAUUCUUCCUCCACCGCCCCAACGUCAUCAACUCGUUUCCCGACGAUUCCCACCACCACAGCCGCCGCCGCCACCACCCUCCCAGGCUGAAGCUCGAGCCCAUGGACUCCCCGCCCAGCCGCUCCCCCGCCACCAUCCAGUUCCCGGUCAACCUCAACUGCACCGCCCACGACCAUGACAGCUCCACCGCAGCGGACGACAGCAGAACAGUCAUCGGCGAGAUGGACUUCUUCGCCGACAAGAAACCCGCCGAUCACGACCCCGCCGCCGUCCAGAAGCACGUCCCCGCUCGACCACCUGAGCUCGAUUUCAACGUUAACACUGGAUUGCACCUUCUGACAGCCAACACAAGUAGCGAUCAAUCAAUGGUGGACGACGGAAUAUCGCAGAAUUCUGAUGAUAAAAGAGCUAAAACUGAGCUGGCGGUUCUUCAGGCGGAGCUGGAGCGGAUUAAGUCUGAGAACCAGCGGCUGAGAGAUAUGCUGAAUCAGGUGACAGCCAAUUACAACGCUCUUCAGAUGCAUCUGGUGAAUCUGAUGCAGCAGCAGCAGCAGCGAAAUGAUCAGAAAUCGGACGAUCAAAUGAAAGAAAACGAUCAGUUGGUGGAAGGGAGGAUGAUGGAAGAUAGUAACAGCAACAAGCAAAGUGCACUGGCGGUGCCAAGGCAGUUCAUGGACCUCGGCCUGGCGGCGACGGCGGAGGCCGACGAGCACUCGCCGACGCUGUCAGAGGGGAGAAGCCCCGACCGGCCGCGGUCGCCGGCCACCAAUGUGGAGGCGGCGUCUAAGGAGUUUUUUGAUCAUGGAAGAGAGGACAGCCAGGAAAACGGAUCCGGCCAUGGAUGGGGCCCCGGCAAGGUUCCGAGAUUGAACCCUCCCAAGAAUGUUGAUCAGGCCGCCGAGGCCACCAUGAGAAAGGCGCGCGUCUCCGUCCGAGCUCGAUCUGAAGCUCCCAUGAUCACGGAUGGAUGCCAAUGGAGAAAGUACGGGCAGAAGAUGGCGAAAGGAAACCCGUGCCCUCGGGCUUACUACCGGUGCACCAUGGCUGCCGGCUGCCCUGUUCGGAAGCAAGUACAAAGAUGUGCAGAAGACAGAACCAUCUUGAUCACCACCUACGAAGGUAACCACAACCACCCGCUGCCGCCGGCUGCCUUGGCGAUGGCGUCAACAACCUCCUCCGCUGCCCGAAUGCUGCUUUCGGGAUCAAUGCCGAGCGCCGACGGGCUGAUGAACUCCAACUUCCUGGCCAGGACCCUAAUACCAUGCUCCUCAAGCCUGGCCACCAUCUCAGCUUCUGCACCAUUUCCUACUGUUACAUUAGACCUCACCCAAAACCCUAACCCGUUACAGUUCCAAAGGCCGCCGGGCCAAUUCCAUGUCCCCUUCUCAAGCCCUCCGGCCACUCUACUGCCCCAAAUAUUCGGCCAGGCGCUGUACAACCAGUCAAAAUUCUCCGGCCUUCAAAUGUCACAAGAUGUAGAGACUGCGCCACCGCAGCCGGCCGGGCCGAGCUCGCUGGCUGAGACCGUCACCGCACUCACUGCCGACCCGAACUUCACCGCAGCCCUAGCCGCCGCCAUCACUUCCCUAAUUGGGGGUGGCCAUCCGAGCAAUAUCGCUAGUAACAACAAUAUUGGCACCAAUGCCACCACCAGCAACAAUGGCAGCUUGUCUACUAGCAGCAACAACGCCGGCACCGGCGGCAACGACACCGGCAAGAUCAAAAACCCUAGUUUCCCCGGGAAUUAAGAUCAGCAAAGUACUCGGUUUCCUUUUUUCAUCUUAUUUUUUUUCUUUUUCUUUUUUUAAAUCUGACUUGUUAAAAUGGGUCUGAUACGAUUUUUAUUACAUAGAAUUUUCAUUAAUUAUCA